CCCAAAGAAUGAAGAAUGUUUUGUGAUACAAAGAAGUUUUGGAGAUUAAAGAAGAGACUGGGCACCCAGCUUAAUUUAUCCCCAGAAGAUACAGCCUUUCCUGAUGAAGAUACAGCCUUCCCUGGUGAAGAUACAGCCUUCCCUGGUGAAGAUACAGCCUUCCCUGAGGAAGAUACAGCCUUCCCUGGUGAAGAUACAGCCUUCCCUGAGGAAGAUACAGCCUUCUCUGAGGAAGAUACGGCCUUCCCUGAUGAAGAUACAGCCUUCCCUGAUGAAGAUACAGCCUUCCCUGAUGAAUUGCUAGCCUCAUUCAGGUGACUCUUUGGUGGAUCAGAAUUAUAUUUUCUCAUACCCCAUCAGCAUCUGACAAUGGAUACUCAACCACCUGGCAAAUCAACAACCGAUUAACCCAUCUGGAUUAAUGAGACCCUAAAAUGCUUUAA